UUUGCCCGGGUUAAAAACAUAUUUUACUAAGUAAAAUUAAAUUUUUGUUUGGAAUUUGCAAUAACAAAUUUCUACCUAAAACAAAUUUAUAGUGCUUAGGUCAUCAACUUUCCUCAAUUGAGAUAAAGCAAUAGUAAAUUUUGAUUGUUGAGUUUAAUUUUGGCUGUCAUGCUGUUAAUUGAUUCUUAAGAUAUUGGGUCUUGGGAGAAUUGGUUCGCAAUUUCAAAUUAAAAAAUAGAAGUCAUACCAAUUUUAUUAAGAUAAAUACAAUGCUAUUACACAAUAAUUGAUAUGUAAAAUAGAGCAAUAAUAGAAACAUGAGCUCAUGCCCAAGGUCAAAAGUCAACCAAGUCACCUAGUCCUGCCCAGUCAAAGUUGGGUCAAGCCCAUAUCACAGUCAACCAAACCAAAAAAUCGAAGCCCAGCCAGACUCGUGCCAAAUCCAAUCUCAGUCGACCCGAGACCAGGCCCAGCCCACUCAUUUGCCAAUCAAAAACAUACAACACAAACUACCUAUUAGCCAAUCAAAAGUACCCACCAAGUUGCAUUUUCUGCUAUAAAAUGAGGAACUCUGGGCUUCUUCUUGGGGGACGGCCUCUGCUCACCCCACUUUCUCCUUCUUCUUCUCUCUUAUAUACAUCACAUACCACCAAAAGCUUGAAAAAGAAACAGGGGAAAGGAUCAGCUCCUUCUUCCUCUUCAUUGCGAAAGCUGCUGCUUCAUCUUCUUCCUCCCCACCACGAGCAAGAAAAAAAACUCUACUUCCUCUUCUUUUCUUCUCAACUGAAAGACACAGUUAGCCAAUAAAAUUUCCUAGCCCCUUCUUAUUGACACUUGUUUCCUUCCUUCUCCCUUCCUUUUUUGUCUUCAUACUCACAACCUGCACAAAUAGAAGCCAAAGGAAGUUAAAAAAUUCCCUCACCAGACAACCUACCAGUGCUGCCAAUUUCAGCAGAAAAAAACCCAAGGAGAUAACAAAGGGAGGUCAAAAUCGUCAUCAACCUACAAGUAGAAAGGUUGGUCACCAACUAAAAUCCAACCAUUAUCUUUAUCAUUUCAUCAUCUUAAACCAUCGUAUUAAGUUCUUUUCAAAACCAAAACUCAAUCAACCCCAAUCAAAUUACAAUCUGACCCAAAUAAAACUCCAAAAGCAAUCAAGCCCAAUCGACUUUCAAAGCAAAUUACAUGUCGGCAAAUCUCACCAGAAUAACAAAAGCAAUCAAAAAAAUCAGAUAUUGCUUUUCCUUAAGAGUUCAUUCUAUUUACUUCUGUAAUUAUCCUGUUACUUCCAUUUAAAUAUUUCAUGUUUAAGCCUACUACAAUACUAGAUCUAUAAAUCAAUCUUUGUUCAUCAUUUACUAUUUCUUUGUACGUUCUACUUGUUUUUGUAAGUUUGUUUUCAUAUGUUGGACUACACACCUAACCAUCACUAAGCGUAAUUUCCCAGAAUUCACAAUGACCCCAGAUUAAUAAAAAUAUUCUGAUUAAUCAAUCUAGGCCAGCUUAACAACAUGUAUAAAAAACUUAGCCAAAGUCGAAAUCUCACCUAAAAUAUGACAUGCAGAUAAACAAAAAAUAUCCUCUUGCCUCCGUUCAACAUCGCCGUCCUAAUACUCGCCGCUCUGGGCCACCAUCUUCGUUGCCAUCGGUGUGUUUCUUUCUUCCUCUUCCCUUUGCAUCUAAUCAUAGAAAGGGUGAGAGAGAGAGGACAGAAGUAGAUGACUGAGAGGAAGAGAAGAGGAGAAGUUUUGUUGGCUUUUGUCUCAACAGAAACACAAGAGAGAACGAGAUGGAACAGAGACAAGGGAGAAGGUUGAAGGUGAGAGGCGGGUAGGUUUAGAUGACAGGGGAAUUAGGGUUUCGGUUUCAGCUUAAGAGAGUUUUUAUACCCCGUACCCCUCAUUUGACCAAAAUGCCCCUGCACUGCUCGUCAUUACCACUCCUCUGUUGUGAAUGAAUACAAAAAAAGAGAUCCAUCGAGUUUCGAACCAGGACUCUCGCGACAGUACCAAAUUAAACACUUCAAACCAAUUAGGCCAGGAGCAUAUUCCUUCCCAGCUUUAGCUUUCUUAAUUUAACUUCUUAACAACCCACUCGUUUACGAUUAAUACAAUUAUUGCGAUACGCCAAAUCAUUCAACAUUUCAUACUCGUGAGAUUAUCAAAUGCAUUACAUCAUCAUUACUAUUCAUACAUAUUUUACAUAAACAAUCUUAACACGUAGUCAUGGUCAAUAGACCAUGAUGUUUGUUUUAUUAUAUGUCGAAAUUCGCUCUAAUUACCAACCACUCAAUUACAAAAAUACAUUUCCCAACAACUAAAAUUAUUAUCUUAAUCACGAUCAAUAGAACGUAUUAAGAUCACAUAUCAAAUCUAUCAAUUUUAACGAACUACGUGAACUUUGAUCCCGGCUACUCGGUUACGUAGGCAACCAAUAGGUUUCAAGUCCAACUAACAAACAUUCUCCAUGCUCCUAAUGUGUGAGACUCCUCAUUUAAAACUCUAUUUUUUUUUAUCUUAAUCAAGAUCAAUAGAACGUGUUAAGAUCACUUCAAAAUCUACCAAUUUAAUCAAACUAUGUGGACUUUGAUCCUGACUACUCAGAUACAUAGGCAACCAAUAGGCUCGAGUCCAACUAAUCAAAACUCUCUUUACAUUUGAGAAUUAUGCCAAUAGGUGUAUGAUUAAAUUGUAUAUUAAUAUAUCCCUAAUUAAUUAAUAGAAUCAUCAUAUAAUUAAAUAAAUAAUAAGACGCAAA